UAUGCUGCUGAUUGUCUUGCGGGUCGGCCAAGAACAUAUUACUCUCCUCUCCAAUUGGCUAUUUCGUUGGCGCCUGUUGUCAGCAUCUCUUACACGUCUCGUGAAACCACACGCUCCGUGCCGCCUCUCUUUAAAAUCAACCACUUGCUUUCAAACUUUCGCUUUUGUCUUCCGCCACCUCGAUUUUGACUGCGCUACUCAAUGGCUGCUGUGCUCACGCGAGUACUCAACUCUCAGUACCGACGUCAUAAUUGAACAGUGCCUCGGACUGCGCUAUGCCACAAGUUUGGACACUGGGUCAUUGUCCUACCACCACCCCUAUGUGCAUGUUGUUUCGUUUGGUUCCGUGGAAGGCAGUUUGGGCGGAUGGAAGUCUACAACUCCUCUGCUUCGGCCUGAGAUAUUUGGUGAUCGUGCUGGCUAAUGCAUUGCUGGCAUUGGCAUGGCUUGUGCUGAGCAUCGUCUGUUUAUUCAAUAAUUUGUUGCGGGUGGCGAUUGAAGUGCCUCCAGAGCUGUCUUCCCCGCGUACGGCAUCUCCUAAACAUGCGCAUCAUGAACGCCCUACUCGUCGCAGAGUAAAGCGUCAUCCUCCAUUCGUUCGAACAAGCGCUUUAAGCAAGUCUCCCGGCAAAGAUGUACUACGACUGAGAUCACCAUCGAUUACCAAACAUGUCUCUUUUCCCUCUUCAGGUGACGUGCAACCUCACGUAGGGAUUUCCCAGUCGUUGGCUUCGACUCCCGUUAGACAGAUGAUCGGGGACGAGAACCCUCUAGCUGAAUCACCGGAGUUGGAGUUGGCCGAAAAUGAUGCAAUGUCGAAAUCAUCGUCAGCAUCGCCUGAUUCUCUACCCCCACUUCCCCUUCCGCCAACCGAGGCUGAUGUUAUGAGUUCCCGAUCAGUGUCUCCCGAGGGGCCAUCUUUGGGGGAACACAGGAUGUCUCGAGUGUUAUGUCCAGUGCGAGUGUCACACAGGCGACGAACGACAAGCGAGGCCAAGAAGAAAGUCCAUGCGCGGCGACGUACGGAUCCGUAUCAAGCACCUUAUUUUUUCCCUACGCCACUGUCGCCUGAAGCUGAUGAUUAUGUUCGCACUGUACGAGCGGAACGUGCAGGGUUCUCGCUUGCAGCACCACCUUCACGCCAGCCAUCGCAGACGCGUCCGGACUCUCCGCUGUCCUCCCCACCUGGUUCUGAAGGCCUGGAACUGGUCAUGUCCGCGCCAGAGCCUAUGACCACACCUCUGUCAGAUCUGCAAGGGCAAGCCACUCAAAAUGAUAAUGUACCCAGGGACGACGUCGCCUUGGCGAGGCCCACAAGGGAACGAGAAGCUUCGUCUCCACCCCCGAGGGAAAAGAGGAAACAUCAUCUGCAGUUGCUCCGGGCAUUGUCACACAGUGACAAGCGCGCUUCUACUUCAUCCUGGGAGCGUGAAUCGCAGAGUGAAGAUGGUCAUACUUCUGGCGAGGUUUCCCGUACUAAGAGACGGCCUGAAGGCUCAUCUAGGCUAAGGCGUAUAUUGAGCCGAAGUCAGGAUGAGGACACGCUGAAGCAAGCAAUCCGCUUUGACCCUCUAGCCGAUGUGCGGGAACAGUCUACGAAACAAACCCAUAGGCAUUCCUGGCAUGCAAUUCUCCACCCUCACCGCACAUCAUCUCUCAACUCGCAACCUUCAUCCUUGGCACACGAGCCUAAUGCUCCGCAACGGAUGCCGGCGAACGAGGUGUCGUCCAAGUCUAAACGCAGACCUCCUUGACUACUAAGCCCUACCGCCUUGCUUUCAUACCUUGCAUCAGUGUCCGCUUAGAAUGUCGCAUAUUUCAUCACACAACGCAUACAUUCAAUGUUUAUCCCUGCAAUAUAAUUAUUUAUAAUCUUCGUUCCCCGUUUACCUCUUGACCUCCCUUGAAAUGCCACCACUCCUUUAGAGCUUCUUACCAUGCUGUUUUGCCUACGUGUACGUGCCGUAUUAUUGUGUAGUCGUAGCUUGGGCUCUAAAGCUCUCCGUAGAGUACAUACAGAUGUCUAUCUAAUAGUGUACAAUUCAGAACGAGGUACAAUGGAUCAUAUCAUCUUCC